GGAGCAAGAGAGAGAGGAACAAAUUGCAGGGAGACUCACCUAGUUUUGCUUAUAUGUGCAUGAUAGUUUUCACCAUCAUUUGUAUGCCUAUAUCUGAAAAUUUACUUCAACUGUGUGUUUGAAAAUUUCAAUGUGAAUGAUAAUGGAGGAAGACCGUGAAACACAUACAUUGCAUGUGGUAGAGAGCCACCCAGUUGCCCCCUAAUCGGAUGUGGCUUAAAAUGCUCAUCCUCAAAUUUGUGCUUCUCUCUCCGUGACCCCCACCCAGUUUGUCUUCUUCCCACCUCCUAUUUUUACCAUACUCUUUCGUCACCAUUCUGUGUUUGGUUCGUAUUCCAACUUUUCUCUAUUUUCCAAGGGGGGCAUAGAGAUUAAAUAAGGAAGAUGGAGAUAACCAAUGUCAGUGAGUAUGAGGCCAUUGCCAAGCAAAAGUUGCCAAAGAUGAUAUUUGACUACUAUGCAUCAGGUGCAGAGGACCAGUGGAGUCUGGCAGAGAACAGAAAUGCAUUCUCAAGAAUUCUGUUUCGACCCCGUAUUCUUAUUGAUGUGAGCAAAAUAGACAUGGCCACCACUGUCUUGGGUUUCAAGAUUUCAAUGCCCAUCAUGAUUGCACCAACAGCCAUGCAGAAAAUGGCUCACCCUGAAGGUAAGUAACAAUUUUACCUUGAGCUUAUACUUUUUUACACAGGAAGUUAAAUUCUAACUGUUUUUAUUUUUGGUCAGAAAAUUCUCACCAUGUUUGAUGGUUAAAUUUCACCAAUUGGCUUGUUUGGUUUACCUUUUUUUCAUUAGUUUUCAACUACGAGUAUGCUUUUAUGUCAACUUGCACAUAUCUAUACUACCUAAAACUUAAAUGUAUCGAGUUCACAGUGUAACCACAUUAUAACUAGAACUUGGAACUUUGAUGGGAUUCAAAUAUUUGAGAGACUGUCGUAUUUGGAAUGGUGGUAAGACUUUUGGGUGCCUCAGGCAACUAAAAUUGAGUUGUACUUGUAUAUCGAAAUAUCCAGUUAGAGAAGGCUUUCAUUGCUGAAGAUUUUUGACAUAGUCUCUUAGGACAAACUGCAAUAGAAUCAUCCAGAACCAUUUUUAUUCCCCCUCUCUACUAGGGUUAAAGGGUUGUAGGGUCUAAUAAAAGUACUUCGCUGGAAAAUUUUACUUGACAAAUGAUAUAGUCAACUUAAUACUUUGGGGAUUCUAAUCCAUGCCUACUGAUUCUGAAUGUGGAAACUGAUUAAGAUAAUAACUUUUCACUUUCAGCCUGAUGACUUGACCUGUUUCUUGUGCAGGAGAGUAUGCAACAGCCAGAGCUGCAUCAGCAGCUGGAACGAUUAUGACAUUGUCAUCCUGGGCCACUUCUAGCGUUGAAGAGGUCGCUUCAACUGGACCUGGCAUCCGCUUUUUUCAACUUUAUGUGUACAAAGACAGGAAUGUUGUUGCUCAGCUUGUGAGAAGAGCUGAAAGGGCUGGCUUCAAGGCUAUAGCUCUUACAGUUGACACCCCCAGGCUGGGACGGAGAGAAGCUGACAUCAAGAACAGAUUCACUUUACCACCAUUUUUGACAUUGAAGAACUUUGAGGGCUUGGAUCUUGGAAAGAUGGAAGGGGCUGAUGACUCUGGAUUAGCUUCAUAUGUUGCUGGUCAAAUUGAUCGUUCUCUGAGCUGGAAGGAUAUCAAGUGGCUUCAAACAAUCACUACAUUGCCAAUCCUAGUGAAGGGCGUACUCACUGCUGAGGACACAAGUCUAGCCAUUCAAAAUGGAGCAGCUGGCAUUAUUGUAUCCAAUCAUGGUGCCCGCCAACUUGAUUACGUCCCUGCCACGAUCAUGGCUCUGGAAGAGGUUGUGAAAGCUGCACAAGGCCGCGUGCCUGUGUUCUUGGAUGGGGGUGUCCGCCGUGGAACAGAUGUCUUCAAAGCAUUGGCACUGGGAGCCUCUGGCAUAUUUAUUGGACGACCUGUGGUGUUUUCGUUGGCUGCUGAAGGAGAAACCGGUAUAAGAAAAGUCCUCCAGAUGCUGCGCGAUGAAUUUGAGCUAACUAUGGCAUUAAGUGGUUGUCAUUCACUCAGAGAAAUCACACGCGACCACAUUGUAACCGAGUGGGAUGUUCCACACCCUCGUCCAACACCCAGGUUAUAAAAACCAUGCCUAUAAUAUGUGCAGAGCUCAACAGCAUACCUUUCCUAUUGAAAACUCAUUUACGUUUCGAUUAGUCCUACAUAUGUUUCGGAGAUGUUGAGCUGUUGAAUGUAACUGCCAUGGAUUUGUUUUACAUAAGCUGUCUGCUGCUGUCUUCAUUGUAUAUUCUUUCUAUAUAGUUUGCAGAAUUUCUAUAAAGACAUGGCAAUUUAUUUACUGAAAUAAAAAAGAUGCUGCGAUUUCAGAAGUGGAGAUGCAGAGGCAUGUCUCUCAAGUUUUGCUAAAAAAAAUUCUGACUACUGUGGAU